CGACGGAUCUUGAUUGAUUGAUUGAUUGAAAAAAAAAAUAAAAAAAUCUUGUUGAUAGAUUCAGGCCCGUGACCAAUUAGAUGACGAGGCUUGAGCGCGGGGGAGAUGCGAGAGAGCAGCGCGACGAGUCGCGGGGGUGGUACAACGGAGGGGACCGACGCGAUGAGUCACGAGGGCGAUAUGACUCGGGGGACCGCCGGAAUGAUUCGCGAGGGCGGUAUGAGCAAGGAGGGUCUGGAGGAGACCGCCGCAACGAUUCGCGCGGUCGGAAUGAGAAAGGCGGAUAUGGCGUCUCAUCAGAACCAUAUCCCAAGUUGCCUGACCCCAAAGCAGCCAGGAGUUCGAUCUCGAGAAGCGCAGACGACAGGCCAUCUACUCCCAGGAACUCAUGCGUCUACUGUAGAGGAGAAGAUCAUAUCAAGAGGGAUUGCCCGGACCUUAAACGGGCAAUAGAUGAGAGACUUGUCGUGCUUGACGACCGCAAGUACGUCAAGUGGGCAGAUGGUCUAGGAGAUGUAUCGAUGUUCCCUUCGAUGAAGGAGAAUGUCGAAGCGAGGAGAGUAAAGCCGAGUAAAGAAAAAGAGCCGGUCAGGAGCCAGAGCAUCAAGAUAACCUUUGAGGGGGAUAUGGCGACCACACCCAUAAGGGUGACAGCCACCAAGUCGGCGAGAGGGUCUACAUCGAAGAAGACUGACAUGGAUUACGUGAUGACGGAGAAGGACGGGCAGUGGGUCGAUGGAGAGGAGGUUAUCCUUUCGCCGCGAAAGAGGGGAGUGAAGAAGUUUUUAAUGAAGAGUUCGUUGGACGAGAUUGACACGGUCGAGCCAYUGAGGCGGGCCCUUCGGCAGCCCAUGCAGUGCUCUAUUCUGGAGUACCUGGCGGCAUCGAAGCCGGCUCGUGAUGAGUUACAGAUGAUCAYGCRGAAGACUCGCAUAUCUYUAUCGGARGAGGGUYAGGGGGYCCCUAAGGCGRAARCUUCUACAGUAGCAGUAACGGGGGUGACUGCCAGAGCGGAUCGCAUGGCGACAGUCCUUCUCGAUGGAAUGGAAGACAAGUUUUAUAUACUUGGUAACGGGGCCGUGGAGACGAUUAUAAAUGAUGGAGCGGUACUCGAUGCUGUGAUCGAUAACGGCAGUGAGGCUGUCAUCAUAGACGAGGACCUGGCAGUACAGGUUGAACUGGGUCUCGACAGGUCGUACCUAUUCGAGAUAGAAACGGCUGAUGGGAGAAAGCAACAGAUCACUGGGGUUGGUCACAAGGCAGCCAUAGAGGUUCAAGGGGUACGAGUGACCCUGCCUGUCUUUGCAGUCAAGAACUGCAGCUCCGACCUGCUUUUGGGUCCAACGUGGCUGAGCCACGUGCAUGCGGUGACGAUAGAGCAACCUGAUCGGAGCCAAACAUUGUCCAUUAAGAAGCCAGACGGGACGCGGGUAAUGAUUGAGACAGUGGAGCCUCGGGACCCGAGGAACAGAGCAGCUCUCGCUGUGCGUGCGAGACCCAGUGAUCAGAUUAAGUCGUUGCCUAUCUCCGGCCGCGAGGUGCGAUUUCGCGAUAAUAAAUAUGGACCACUGCUCACAGAGGAAGAAGGUCGGAUCGUGGAGGUGGAAGAUUUAGGGAGUCGGCUAAUAGUGGACGGCAACUCGUACCCAAAGAAAAAAGAUGAGGAAUUUGGCGGUGUCGAGCGAGAACGUGUGAUAAAAAUCUUGAAGACAUGUGAUAAGGCCAUAGCUUUUAGUGACGCGGAGCGCGGUAGGGUUGACCCUCGAUACGCUAAGCCAGCAAGGAUUUACACGAUACCACAUGUUCCCUGGAAUGACGCGGGAUGGAAAUACGCCCAGAAGGAGAAGGAAGAAGUUAUCGCUUUCCUGAAAGAAAAGAUGGUUUCCCAUGUUGCGGAGCCGUCUGAUAGCGCUUAUGCUAAUCGAUGGUUUUUCCUACGAAAGCCGAAUGGCAAGAUCCGAUGGAUUCAGGACCUUCAAAAGGUUAACGCGGUGGCGAUACGAGACGUGGGCUCCGUGCCACACGCCGAUUUACUGGCAGAAGGCGCCGCAGGUAGGUCGAUUUAUUCGGUCUGUGAUCUGUUCUCAGACUAUGAUGAGGUGCCACUUGACCCUAGAGACAGGCACCUCACGGCUAUGCAUACGUCAUUGGGACUAAUACAGAUGAUGGUUGUCCCUAUGGGUUGGACUAAUGGGGUAGCCGUCCUCAAGGACUUCAUCCCUGAUAAGGUUGAAUUUUUUCAAUAUGACUUUCCUAUAAAAGGGUCAGUAAACAAGGAUGAGGCAGAGGUUGCACCUGGAGUUAGAAGAUUCGUCGAGCAGCACCUAACGGAUAUUAGCGCGGUACUCGAGCAGCUGGACGAUGCGAAUCUAACAGUCAGCGGAACAAAGAGUCGAUGGGCCGUCUCGACUAUUAAGAUCUUGGGCUUUAUCUGUGACUCGAGGGGACGCCGAGCAGAUCCGGUGAAGUUAGACAAAUUCCUGAACUGGCCGUCACCAUUACAUAGUCCAACCGAGGUCCGACAGUUUCUGGGAGUGGUCGGUUACUGGCGAAUAUUCAUAAGAGGGUAUGCAGAGAAGGCUGAGCCAUUGAGACUACUCCUUCGAAAAACUGAGAAAUUCUACUGGGAUUCCUUGCAGGAACUCGCUAUGCAAGAGCUUAAAGAUGAAUUUAAGGAGGCAGGACGCGUACUGGGCGUGCCGUACUUUGAUGAUGAGGCUGGGAGACCCUUCAUAGUAGCCACGGAUGUUGGGCCUUGUUCGGUAGGAGGGUUACUGUCGCAGAAGGACGCUGAAGGGAAAGAAAAACCAUUAAGAUUUGAGAGUAGGACACUUAAUACGGCGGAGCGAAACUACAGUCAAUUCAAGAAGGAAGUAUUAGCUGUUCUGCGGUGUCUAGACACGUUGGGACAUUAUGUCUAUGGACGGCGGUUCAUCUUGAGAGUAGAUCCCACCACGGUUGCCUCUGUCCUCCAGAAGGAUUUUAGUCUGACAGACCCGACCAUUGCACGAUGGUUAAUACGGAUUCGGCUAUAUGAUUACACGGUUGAGAGGAUAUCUGGCACUAAAAAUGUCGUGGCAGAUGGACUUUCGCGCAUCCCUCUUGAGGCCGAGCGCCCGAUAGUAGCCGGGGUCCUGACUAUGGCAGAGCCAGGACGCACCGAGCGAUUUCUGGUUAACCUUUACGAGGGCAAAUACCGAAUGAUCAGGUUACAUUUGUCAGGAAAGGAGAGUCAAGAAUCAGAUAUCAGGAGACAAGCAGCCCAGUACUGCCUUAGAGCUGGCCAUCUGUUUCGGAGGCCGGACGGCUCGGGGAUGCCCUUACGAGUAGUCUGUAACCCUGAGGAGAGACAGACAAUAGUUGCGGAGCUUCACGACGGGGUAGUUGGAGGACACAGGGGAGUCAAAGGAACUUACGAAAAGGUACGCAGGUUGUACUGGUGGGAAGGACAGUAUAAGGACGUCGAGAGGUACUGUAUGACCUGCGAAGAAUGCCAAAAGAGAGCUUUUGUGAAAUACAAAGAUCCACUUCAUCCAUCCUAUCCAACCAGACCAGGAGAGAAGGUACACAUCGAUCUGGUGAAGAUGUCGAAAGGGGUCGGCAAUAUAAACUAUGUCGUGAACAUACGAGACGACUUCACGGGGUUUGUGGACGGUAGGCCUAUCAGGAUUUCACGUCGACAGCUGGACAACCGUCGACUGGGCGGAGGAGAUGUCCAGAGAGGAACUCUUAGCUNCAAGGAUGAGGCAGAGGUUGCACCUGGAGUUAGAAGAUUCGUCGAGCAGCACCUAACGGAUAUUAGCGCGGUACUCGAGCAGCUGGACGAUGCGAAUCUAACAGUCAGCGGAACAAAGAGUCGAUGGGCCGUCUCGACUAUUAAGAUCUUGGGCUUUAUCUGUGACUCGAGGGGACGCCGAGCAGAUCCGGUGAAGUUAGACAAAUUCCUGAACUGGCCGUCACCAUUACAUAGUCCAACCGAGGUCCGACAGUUUCUGGGAGUGGUCGGUUACUGGCGAAUAUUCAUAAGAGGGUAUGCAGAGAAGGCUGAGCCAUUGAGACUACUCCUUCGAAAAACUGAGAAAUUCUACUGGGAUUCCUUGCAGGAACUCGCUAUGCAAGAGCUUAAAGAUGAAUUUAAGGAGGCAGGACGCGUACUGGGCGUGCCGUACUUUGAUGAUGAGGCUGGGAGACCCUUCAUAGUAGCCACGGAUGUUGGGCCUUGUUCGGUAGGAGGGUUACUGUCGCAGAAGGACGCUGAAGGGAAAGAAAAACCAUUAAGAUUUGAGAGUAGGACACUUAAUACGGCGGAGCGAAACUACAGUCAAUUCAAGAAGGAAGUAUUAGCUGUUCUGCGGUGUCUAGACACGUUGGGACAUUAUGUCUAUGGACGGCGGUUCAUCUUGAGAGUAGAUCCCACCACGGUUGCCUCUGUCCUCCAGAAGGAUUUUAGUCUGACAGACCCGACCAUUGCACGAUGGUUAAUACGGAUUCGGCUAUAUGAUUACACGGUUGAGAGGAUAUCUGGCACUAAAAAUGUCGUGGCAGAUGGACUUUCGCGCAUCCCUCUUGAGGCCGAGCGCCCGAUAGUAGCCGGGGUCCUGACUAUGGCAGAGCCAGGACGCACCGAGCGAUUUCUGGUUAACCUUUACGAGGGCAAAUACCGAAUGAUCAGGUUACAUUUGUCAGGAAAGGAGAGUCAAGAAUCAGAUAUCAGGAGACAAGCAGCCCAGUACUGCCUUAGAGCUGGCCAUCUGUUUCGGAGGCCGGACGGCUCGGGGAUGCCCUUACGAGUAGUCUGUAACCCUGAGGAGAGACAGACAAUAGUUGCGGAGCUUCACGACGGGGUAGUUGGAGGACACAGGGGAGUCAAAGGAACUUACGAAAAGGUACGCAGGUUGUACUGGUGGGAAGGACAGUAUAAGGACGUCGAGAGGUACUGUAUGACCUGCGAAGAAUGCCAAAAGAGAGCUUUUGUGAAAUACAAAGAUCCACUUCAUCCAUCCUAUCCAACCAGACCAGGAGAGAAGGUACACAUCGAUCUGGUGAAGAUGUCGAAAGGGGUCGGCAAUAUAAACUAUGUCGUGAACAUACGAGACGACUUCACGGGGUUUGUGGACGGUAGGCCUAUCAGGAGUAAGAUGGCAAAGGAAGUGAAAAACUCCGUCCUAUAGUACUUAUCUAGGUAUGGUUGUGUCAGCAAGAUAGUGAUGGACAGAGGGGCAGAAUUCCUAGCUGAC